GGGGGCAGCGCUGGGGGCGGGGUCGGCCAACUCGUGCUCGCGUUCCCCUCCGUCAGGUUCCCGGUGGCACCGAGCAUGGCAGCGGGGGCCGGCGAGCACCAAGAGCAGCUGCAGGACGCCCUUCAGCCCGAGGACUUCGCGUACCACGAAGAUGAGUUCAUCCUGGAGGGCGUCGCCUGGCCGGGCACCGCGCUGUCCCGCUUCGACCGGGUGUUGCUGGGGGCCUGGCAGGAGCGCAUGGCGCGGGGGCUGUUCCGGUACCACCUGGCGGAGCUGCCCACCCGCGUGCUGCCCGGCGCCAUGCGCCUGCUGGUCCAGCUCAACGCGCAGCGCAGCACGGAGCGCAGGCGGCCGCAGGCAGUGCACAGCCUGACGCAGCCUUUCGACUCCCAGCAAUUCAACUUCACGCAGAUCCGCCCCGGGGAGGUGCUGCUGCGCCUGCACCGGAGACCCUCGGCCGAGAGCGACCUCGCGGCUGCGGACCACGUGCUGGUGGUGAUCAACGUCAGCCCCCUGGAGCGCGGCCACGUGCUGCUGCUGCCGGAGCCGACGCUGCGCCUGCCGCAAGUCCUCACCCCCGAGCUGCUGCGCGUGGGGCUGGAGGCCGUGCUGCUCAGCGCCCGGCCCGGCUUCCGCGUGGGCUUCAACAGCCUGGGGGCCUCCGCCUCCGUCAACCACCUGCACCUUCACGGCUUCUACCUGGCCCACCCGCUGCUGGACAGCGGUCCCCACUUCCUGCCCAGCCUGUUCUGGGACAUCAAAAAAGCCACCGGAGGCGUCGGCUGGUGCCGUGCCAGCAGACACGGCCCGCGGGCUGUGGCAGGCAGAUAG